UCUGUCCUUCGAAAACCCUCAAAAAGGUUGAUAAUCAUGGCUGCUGAAAUUGUUGGAGGAGCACUUCUCUCUGCUUUUCUUGAUCCCUUGGUGAAAAAGUUAGCUUCUGAUGUCAAACACUUCUUCAAACGAAAAGAGACCAUUCUCAAGCUGCUCAAGGAGUUGGAAACUUUGCUGUCCUCUGCUGAUAUGCUGCUCAUUGAUGCUGAGGAAAAGCUCAUCAAAGACCCAAGAGUAAGGAAGUGGCUUGAUGAUCUCAAGGACACCAUUUAUGAUGCAGACGAUUUGGUUUACAAGAUUGACACUGAAGCAUUGCGAAAAGAAAUGGAAGGUCAUCAUGAAUCUCAUGACAGUGGUUGUAGUAAGGUACUCAUGAAACUCAUCUCAUCAUCAAAUCCUUUAACUUCUUUUGAUAAAGACAUAAAAUUUGACAUAGAAGAGACACUUGGGAAAUUGAAGCUUCUUCUAGACAAUAAAGAUCUUGGUUUGGAACUUGUGAGAAAUCAUAAGAAGCCAGAGAGGGUAUGUGCUCCAUCGUUAGAAGAGUCUGAAAUUUAUGGAAGGGAUUGUGAAAAAGAAGAGAUUAUUAAGUUGCUUUUGUUGGAUGAAACAACCGGUGGUGACAAAUUAUCUGUGAUUUCUAUAGUGGGGAUGGGCGGGAUUGGAAAGACUACUCUUGCUCAACUUGUUUUCAAGGACGAAAGAGUCAACAAAAUGUUUGAUGUGAAAGUAUGGAUUACUGUGGGAGAUGACAAAGUUGACUGCAUGAAAGUGAUGAGACUAAUUGUUGAGAAGGUCACUUCUGAAAGAUGUGAAAUUGAGGAGCCGUAUGAUCUUCAAGAAGAAGUAAAGAAGGCUCUGAGUGUGAAGAAGUUUCUGUUUGUUGUUGAUGAUGUUUGGGAUGAGAAUCGUGCCAAGUGGGAUGUCUUGAACAAUUGUUUCAAAUCGGGAAAACAUGGAAGUAAGAUUGUUGUGACAACACGGAGCACAGUUGUUGCAUCGAUUAUGAAAACAGGGUCAACUUAUCAACUAGGAAGAUUAAAUGAGGCUGCUGGUUGGCGAUUAUUUGCAAAACAUGCUUCACUUGUUGUAGACUCAAAUGAUUACUUUGAUCUCAAAGAAGUUGGAGAAAAAAUAGUCGAUAAGUGUAAGGGUCUUCCUUUAGCAAUAAAGUCAAUUGGUGAUUUGUUAAGAGGAAUACGCAGCAAGGAGGAAUGGGAGAGCAUCCUAAACAAUGAUAUAUGGGAGUUGUACGAAAGGAAAAGAGUUGAAAUUCUUCCAGCAUUGUGGUUGAGUUAUUUUCAUUUACCUUCUGCAUUAAAGCAAUGUUUUGCUUAUUGCUCUUUAUUUCCAAAAGAUUAUCAUUUUAAAAAAGAAGAGAUGGUCUUGUUAUGGAUGGCCGAAGGUCUUUUUCAGUCUACAAAUGGAAAGAGAAUUGAAAAAGUUGGAGAAGAGUAUUUCGAUUAUCUUCUUUCUAUGUCAUUUUUCCAACCUUCAUCAUCGGACAGUGAAGAAACUUUCCUUAUGCAUGAUCUUAUACAUGAUUUAGCAAUGUUUAUCUCUGGCGAGUUUUGUGUAAUGAUGAAUAACAGUAUGAAAUGUUCUCUCAAGGUUCGCCAUUUACAUUGUGAAGAAUCGAGUAUGCUUAAGAACUUUGAGGAGUUUUCUAAAGAGAAAUGCUUCUUGCGCACCUUAUUAUUGUUCCAUGAAUUUGGUGAAGAAUGGUUGUCUAAGUUGCAUGAAUCAUUCCCACGCUUAAGAGUACUAUCUAUACAGAAUGGUGUGAUCAACAAGUUUCCUGAUUCAAUAGGCAAUUUGAAGUAUCUAAGAUAUUUGAGGUUAGAUUGUAAUUAUAUUGAAGAAAUACCUAAUACAAUUUGUAAGCUGUAUAAUUUGGAGACUCUAUUGUUAGAGCAAUGUAUAGAAGUUACUAGACUACCAAAUGAUAUAGGAAAUUUGAUUAAGUUGCGACAUCUUAGUGUUCCUAGAUUAUUAGAAAUGCCAUUGCAAUUGGGGAAGCUACAAAAUCUCCAAACACUAAAUAGAUUUGUUGUGGGACAAAAUAGAGAUUCUGGUGGUAUUGAACUGUUGAAAGAGUUUCAAAAUCUACACGGGAAGCUUUAUAUUAAGGGACUAGAAAAUGUGAGUAGCCUUGAGGAAGUUUCGGAUGCACCAUUAUUAAUGAGUAAGAAGUUUCUUAGUCAGCUAACUUUGAAAUGGGGUUAUGGUCAUGAACCUGAUUACUUGCACAAAGAAAGACAAAGAGAGCUACUCAGUGUCCUCCAGCCUCAUCCAAACUUGAAGGAACUUACAAUUGAGAACUACAAAGGCAACAGUUUCCCGAACUGGAUGGGAGAUCAUCGCUGAUUGUCUAAUUUAGUAAGGUUGGAGAUUUCAUGUUGUUCUAAUUGCAGCUUCUUGCCGUCGUUGGGACAGCUGCCUUCUCUCAAAGACCUUAGGAUUAGGUAUUGUGGUGUGGUAGGAAUAGGUUCAGAGUUUUAUCAUUCUACUAGUCUUGAUUCUUCUGUUGCAAUACAAACAAAACCGUUCUUUAGAUCUUUGGAGAACUUGACAUUCGGGGGUUUGUAUUAUCUCCAAGAGUGGUCAUUUAUCGAAGGUGGAGUUCUUCCUCGUCUUAAGAAUCUUAAUUUUGAUAGGUGCAAGAGACUCAAAGUGACAUUGUUAGGAGAUUAUUUUCCUGUAUUGACAGUGCUUGUAUUAAAUGGUAGUGAAGAACUAAUACCAUUAUUACUCCCAAGAGCUCAACUCAAGCAGGCCCCUUUGAUCACUUUAAAGAAGAUUAGAAUUAUGAGUUGUAAAAACUUGACACACUUGGACAAGGCGGCCUAUCAGCAUCUCACCUCCCUUGAGAAAUUGGAAAUUAUAAACUGUCCUAAACUCCAGUGCUUGCCAAAAGAACUACCCGCUUCUCUUUCUGAUCUACGCAUUAAGAAUUGUGAAUUGCUAACACCACGAGUCGAGAGGGAUAGGGGGGAGGACUGGCCAACUAUUGCUCACAUUUCAAAUAUAAUUGUGGAUGAUGAGAAAAUAUAGAGAUGUGUGGAUGGCAAAGAAGCUUUGGUUAGCAUUUUCGGUUGCACAUUUGCAUGCUUCGCAACUACUUUUCUUUCCUUAAAUUUCUGAUUCUCAUCAUUGGCGGUUGAUCUCUACUUUUAAGGUCUUGAGCUGAUAAUGAAGCAAAGUUAUUGGAAGAAGAAGGACCAUUUGAUUCUACCACUGAUUAAUGUGAAUCCAUUGUUAAAAUCUUCAAUAUCAAAGUAUUUAACUUGAUGACAUUACAUUUACAUACAUAUUUUCAUUUCUUAAUCUUAUCUCAGCUACUUUUCUUUCCUUUGAAUUCAUAAUUCUCAUCAUUUGGCAGUUAUGAUCAUAAUAAAGAAAUCUAAUAUCCUGAGUUGAAAACAGAAGAUGAGUCUCUUAUGCUUACUCUGCUUUUGGAUGUGCCACCCAUAAAUAUUGGCGCCCAUUUUCUCUUACUGUCACUUUCUUUUGAAGAUUUUGUCUAUACAGUUGUUUUCUUGUUUGUGUACAUAAUAUAUAUAAGUCAAUUCUCUAACUAUUUUAACUAAAGUCACAUAAGCUGAACCAACUAACAUAACAGCUCGGCCAAGCUGUCAUGCCAAUACUCGAACCCUAUAUAUAUAAGCCCGCUCAUCAUUCAGUUAGAUGAGAAGUUUUUACAGAAAAUUAGCGAGGAAUUCACUUGGAUGAUUGAGUGUUUACUAGGGUUGUAAAAAGAGUAGUCUCGUGUGUUUAAUUGAUCGAGAUCUGUCAUGGUGAGAAUUUUUCUGUAGUAGAGCAAGUCUUUCUAGAUAUAUAGCAAGUCUCAUGUGAUUGUGUUUAAUUUGUUAUCUUUGUUUAGUUUUGUGUUUUUGUUGCUCGUUGGUUCUUGUUUGAUAAACAAGAAUAACAUGCAUUGUGAGGAAUUCAAUAGGAUGAAUGAGUGUUUAUGAGAGUUGUAAAAGUGUAGUUUCAUGUGUUUAAUUGAUUGGGCUCUUUCAUGGUGAGAAUUUUUCUGUAAUAGAGCAAAUCUUCCUAGAUAAAUCAACAUCAAUCUUAAUUGUGUUUAAUUUUGUUAUUUUUGUUUAGUUUUGUGUUCUUGUUUGAUGUUUUUUGGCAUCAACAAGAAUAAUAUACAUUGUGGUUGUUGUAAUGCACAAUUAUGGUUAUAAUUAAUGUUACAUAUGUAAACUAAUUAAAAUUAUUGUUAUAAUUAAUGUUACAUACAUAAUUGCAUAAUUAUAUUGUUCUCUCAAACUAACAUAACCCAAGAAAAAACUCAAGAUAUAAUUUCUAAACAUUUGUUUACUUACUAAUCAAAGGAAAAAAAAAUACAUCAAAAGGUUAAAAUAAGAAGAUAAUUAAGAUAUAAUUACAUAAAACAAACGAACUGCCUAACAUGGCUUACAUUACAAGAACAGAGAUCAUCAUCAUCAUCAUCAUCAUCACCACAAAACCUAAUCCAAUCCCAUAAUCACAUCACUUUCCAUGAUUCCAAAGUAGGAAAACUCGGCAAACUCUCCAAUUCCAAUCCAACCUCACCAACACCUCCCAAUCCCAUACUCACCGGAGAAAAACUAGAGAGCGGCACCAACGGCGGCUGAUCCAGCAAAAACGCUGACGUGUCAAGAGUCGGAAGGCAACCGUUAGCGAUCGGAAAACGGCUGCUGCAAGCUCUUUGCGGCUCAGGUUUAAGUAUAGGCGCCGAAGUCGAUGUAGAGAAAGGAGCCGAGCCGAAUCUUACGCCGGUUACUUGCUGAACCAUUUGUCGGAAAUUAGCAGGGUCGGCUGUUAUGAAAGUGGUGUUGGAUCUCUUCGUGGCUCUGGAUUUUCUUUUGGAAAUCUUUCCGGUGAUGGUGUUAGAAGUAGUUGUAGUAUUAUUCAUGGUCGUGGUUGUGGAAGAGGGUUGAGGAAGUGAAAGAGUUUGGGUGUGAAGAAUUAGGUCAGGAGGAGGUGAAGAAUUAGCUAUGGAUUUUUGAAGGGCUUUGGUAAUUAUGGAAUCUGCGUCUCUGUUGAGAAGAUCGGAGAACCAAGAAUCGGCGGAGAGGGAAGUGGGUUUGAAGACCCAUGGGUCAAUAGUAGUAGUGGCUAAAUUCUCUGAAGCCAUGAAAACGCGUUAAAGGAAGGAACACAGUGGUGAGAGUGAGUUAUGUUUGUUGUGGUGUGUGAGUGAAUGGAGUCAAAGGAAUGGACUUUGAAGAGAGUGAGUC